CAACGUUGCUCGUGUCAUCGAAACGUAGUUACAUGGGCUGCAUGCUGGCUUGGUGUAGCAAGAGUCUAGAGUCAACAAUUGUAGCCGACGCCACAAGCACCGGCGGCAGACCUAGCGCGUGGCGUGAGUUCCCUAUUAUGAAAAAAAGUCAUAAGAUGACGUUGAAGAGAAACACAAUCCAAACAGCAGUGACAUCGCAUCCGAGAGCUCCUACAGCACGGCACCUGAGCAGCAUAUUGAUCCCAUACUCCCUUGACCCUCUCAGUGGCCAGUUCCUUCCCCGCGCGCAUUGAGAUAACCACCUGCGAAAAGAUGCCGUUCCGCGAGAAGCUCAAGAGCUUGAUCCACAGGCACGACGAUGAGACAACGCCUCCAAGCAGUCCCCGUCAAUCUCGCUAUGAGGUUGCUCCCCAAGAAGCAUCACCUCAAGCAUCACCUCGACAAGGCCAAAGACCAGUUUCUGGCUCCGAUCAGCCUUCACAGCCAUCUUCUGCACGAUCCCGCUCUAAGCUGAGAAGGUCGUUUGAUCGGAAAUCAGCCCCCGCUGCAGAUGACUCUCCCCGAAAGAGUCUCGACGGCAGCAAGCGCAAGAGUCUUGAUCAGCGUCAAAUUAAUGCUGGAGUUGCCCCCAGCGUUCCAGAGGUUCCCAGCACUUACAAGGAUGGAGCAACCGCUCGCCCUGCAGUCUCUCAGGACGCACAAACCAGGGCAGCCAAGGAGAGUGCUCGCAGAAGUUCUAACGUGAUCAAUUUCAAUCACAACAACGCUGCUGCUCAACCACUUUCAACCAAAUCUGAUAGGUAUUCAGAAGACGUCGCCGACUGGAACAUUAUGAAUGCUGAGAAACUCAGCCCCACUCACGCACCUGCGCCACUAAACGUCACAAAAUCAUCUGUCGACAAGUCGCGACAGUCUUCGACAUCAUCAUACUCGUCUGUUCCCGAACGCACUCAAUCAGGAGUUUCGCGCAAGCCGGUUGGUUCUGACAAUGUGCGUGGUUCGAGAGACCUCAAUGUCGAUGGCAGGAGGCAGAGCGUGUCGAGCGCAAAGCAGAGGUCGAGACUUAGCAUGGACAAGCCUCUUCCAGCUCCACCUCACCAACCUGCUCUGAGCGAGGAUCCAGCCUUUGGCCAGUUCCUUCCCAGAGAUCACAACUACCUUGUCAAGGACGCACCCGCCGCUCCUGUACUCGAGGGCGUUGUCAAUCUCAAGGACACUGUUGACACGGAUGUGACCGAAACUUGGGCACCAGCUGUCGUUCACGAGGUCGUGCAGCCGGAGAUCCACCACAUUCGUGAAGAGGUGAUUACGCGCGAAAUUCACAACCACGACGUCUUUCACCGUAUCCUGCCCAUCAUCGAUAUCGAGGUUCUUCCCGCAAGACACUUUGUGCCCACUGGACAUGGCGACGAGCUGAUGGAAAUCUCGGCGGAUGAGAUUCCUGGCAGAACUGGCUACAACCAGCAGUGGUUCAUUGCUGAGAUGAUGUCCAAGCUUCCAAAGGACUCGAACUUUGGAAGAGAGCCGCUGCGAUUCACAGCCAGAGAGUUCCCUGGAACCGAAGGCGACUACAAGGAAUACGUGCGUAACGGCAUUCCGACAACAGAGACGACCUGGGUGCACCCGCCUACGCUUGACGACAUGAUGUACCUCGCUGGACAGACGGAGCCUUUCUACUUUGGCUCUGCAAACCCCGCAGACGAUGGGCUCCGCAUUCGCGCGCCCAACGGUAGAGUGGUCGGAUCGUCGCGCUACCACAAGGUGCAGCUCGAACGUAGAGUGCAGGCAAUCGAGCCACCAACAGAGUCGAUGAGAGACUUGUCUGUAGGUGACUACCUUCAGGCAGUUCCUUCUGGCGAAGCGACCGGACAGGAAGCUCUGACACCUUACGCGAAGCGCCGAUAGGAGAAGACAGUGUUUUGACUGGAGAUUUGAGAUUAUGAGGGUACGGUCACAGCGUUUCUAUGGUUAUUGCGACAGCGAAGAGCACGGCGUUUUCUGGCGUGGAAAAAGGACGAUACAAUACUCGUAAUGUGGAUUAAAGCAUGCAUACCUAUUCUACCUGAUUUUGCAGC